AUGUCGGACAAACACGACACGACACGACACGCGACACCAUAUGGUAGCACCCGGAUUCUUUGCUGUGAGGAAUUCGAGAGGGAGGUCUUAAGAACAGACAACGACUACAUUCAACCUCAACUUGUAGCUGCAAUUGUCCAAAACGCCAAUAUACUUUGCACAAGGCCGCUGUUCAAUCAGAAGGACACCUGGAAAGCUAGAAAGAUCACGUUUGUCACCAAUGUCACUCUAAUUUCAACUCCAACUUCUUUUUCCUUGUCCAUCAUCAAAAAAUUCACUUUUAUUGCAUAG